AUGGAACCAAUCGCAACUGCCAUUGUCCCUAUGGCGUCGAACAAAAAACGCAGCAAGCAGCUGAGCCGCAAAAAAUCAGGACCUAGCUUCGAAUUGUCUGCUGCACAAAAGUCUGACAUCAAAGAGGCAUUCAAAUUGCUCGACACAGAGUCGACUGGACUAAUAGAGGUUAAGGAGCUAAAGGUGGCCAUAAGGGCUUUAGGCUUUGAACCCAAGAAAGACGAAAUUAAGAGCAUGAUGGCCGAAAUCGAUAAGAAGGAUAGCGACCAGAUAUGCUACGAUGAUUUCCUCCAUUUGAUGACCAUUAAAAUGACCGAAAAGGACUCAAAUGAGGACAUAUUAAAGGCAUUUCGACUCUUCGAUGACGAUGGUACAGGCAAAGUAUCAUUCAGGAAUCUAAAGCGUGUUGCAAACGAACUUCGAGAGGAGCUGACGGAUGAGGAACUACGCGAAAUGAUUGACGAGGCUGAUGUGGAUAAUGAUGGCGAGGUGAAUCAGGAAGAGUUUCUGCGACUAAUGAAAACAAUCAGUUUGUGUUAGCUGCUUAAUUAUA